ACGUAUUUAUUAUUCGUUUCAUUUCGUUAUCGACUAUCGCUUAUUAAAUUAAAUUGUAUUUUAUAAACUAUAAUAUAUAAAUUAGUGUAUUGUGUACUAGACAGUGUAUUAUUACUUAUUACCGUGUUCGAAAUAACAAAAUAUGCCAACAUUGCCAACUAAAGUUUACAAACAAAGAAUGAAAAAUAGAAAAAAGUACCAACUGAAUCAAAAAUAUAAAAUCCCCAAAAAGACCAGCUUACAAGACAAUCUUCUAAAAAUGUCUUCCUCCAAUCAAGAUCAGUUGGACUUAAAUGCGGAACAUACAGGUGGAGUUCUGGAUCAAGUCGAAACUACGAAUCUGCCAAGAAUAUGUAGGGUGUGGAGCUUGGCACAACCUGAGGAGAAGUUAAAUCAAAAUCAAGUGAAGGAAAGGAAAGCCGAUACGCCACCACCCACGACUUAUAUAGACUUAACAGAGGAUGACUGAAUA